AUGACAAAUUUAGAAAAACUUGGUUUAUAUCUUUCGAUCUUUGUUGAUGAAAGAUUUAUUGAUGGAAAUAAUUUGAAGAAAAAUAUUCUUUAUCAUAUGUCACAAUUAAAUCAAUUUUCAUUUCAUAUUCGUUCUACUAUGUUUAUUAAUAAUGAAAUAAAUUUACCAUCAAAACAAGACAUUCAACAGACAUUCAUAGAUUUUAAAGAUAAUCAAAUUAUCUCUUAUGUUGAUUAUUUUCUAGAACUAAAUCAAGGUCAAUGUCAUAUAUAUUCAUAUCCGUUUCUAAUGAAAUAUUAUGAAGAUAUAACAAAUAAUUUUCCAGGUGGAUUAUAUCCAUAUGUUCGUGUAGUAACAUUAUAUGAUGAACAACCUUUUGAACAUGAAUUUUUUAUUCGAAUUAGUCAAUCAUUUCCAUUUAUGGAAAAAUUAACUGUGAUUAAUCGUCAUGCAAAAAAUCACAAACAAUCUUAUAAAUCAAUGAAUGAUAAUCAGAAUUUAUCGAUUGCUAAAUAUUAUCAUCUUACUGAUCUUGCUAUUCGACAAGUUCAUGAUGAUUAUGUCGAAGAAUUUCUCUCUGAUACGAAAACAUUUUUAUGCAAUAAUAUUCUUCUUUUUAUCGAUUAUAAAUCAUUACAAAGAGUAACACAUGACUGUACAAGAGAUGAUACACGAAUUAAUUGUACAAAAAUAAAUGAAAUAUUUUUGUUGGGACCAAAGAACUAUUCUAUUACAUCUUUACAAGAUUAUUUUCCUUUUGCAAAAAUAUAUUGA